CUCCCGUUGUUUACAGUCCUUCCGAACUCGCGAGAGUCGUCGUGGGAACAUGAAAGUUCGGUUGUCAUUUAUUUGUUCGUUUAGCGAAAUAUUCGUCCCUUUACGACGGACUUCCGUCUCUGUCGCCAUCGACGUGAAAUUCGUUCAGGAAAAGACGCAUUGCCUUCAUCACAUGGUCUGCGAGUGACAGACAUCGCGUAACAGGGGAUCGCUCUCUAUGAAGUGUACUUAACAUCUAUAACAUAUUUCAUGAGACAAUGGAGGGGGUUCGAUAUUGCUUAAUGCAGUUGGAGGACUACAUCAAUGAAAUAUGUAAGGACACACCAAGUUGGGAAAUAAUACUUAAGACUGUUGGAGUGACACUGAUACUUGUUUGGUUGAAGGGCUUCUUGUUCCAAGAUGAAAGUUUGUUUACAAGAGGAAAGAAAACGGUCUUCAAGUUGGCUCGGAAAAUUCCAGCAGUCAGAAAUAAAAUAGAAAGUGAAGUUGCAAAGGUAUCUGUCUCAAUGAAUGAAACCAUGAAUAAGAGCAUUGAUUAUGCUCCAUACAUCACAAAAUUACCAGCAGAUGGAUGGAAAUAUGACCACGUUAUUGAUGAAGCUGCAAAAUAUACCAGAUAUGGUCAUUACAAUUGGAAAGAAGGUUGUGCCUCGGGAACUGUGUACAAUUACAAUAAAUCAUUAACAGACUUGACAACAGAAGUGUAUGGCUUAGCUGCAUGGUCUAAUCCACUCCAUGCUGAUGUUUUCCCUGGUGUGCGCAAAAUGGAAGCUGAGGUUGUAAGGAUGUGUUGUACAAUGUUUCAUGGUGAUGCUAAAAGUUGUGGCUGUAUUACAUCAGGGGGAACCGAAAGCAUAGUUUUAGCUUGCAAGGCGUAUCGUGAUUAUGCAAUUAAUGUGAAAGGAAUAAGAAAACCCGAAAUUCUUGUUCCUGUAACUGGACAUGCUGCAUUUGAUAAGGCUGCUCAGUUACUAGGAAUGGCAAUCAAACACGUACCUAUUGAUCCAGUGACCAUGAAAGUAGAUAUUUCAAUUAUGAAGAAAAUGAUAAGUUCCAGAACUUGCAUGCUUGCAGGUUCUGCUCCUCAGUUUCCUCAUGGUGUUAUUGAUCCCAUUGAAGAAAUUGCAUCCCUGGGUGUUCAGUAUGACAUUCCUGUUCAUGUAGAUGCUUGCCUUGGAGGCUUUCUCAUUGCAUUCAUGGAAGAGGCAGGCUAUCCUUUGGCACCUUUUGAUUUUAGAGUGGAAGGCAUCACUAGCAUAUCAGCAGACACACACAAGUAUGGUUAUGCUCCCAAAGGUACUUCAGUAAUUUUAUACAGUGAUCCAAAGUUUCGUCAUCACCAGUUCUUUGUAACUCCUGACUGGCCUGGUGGUAUAUAUGCAACUGCUACUAUUGCAGGUUCUCGUUCAGGCGGUAUCAUUGCAUCAUGCUGGGCAGCUAUGGUUUAUCAUGGUCUUAGCGGUUAUGUUGAACUUACCCGCAAAAUUGUGGAAACUGCUCAGAGGAUAUCGAAGGAGUGCAGUAACAUUCCAGGGAUUUUUGUUUAUGGAAACCCUGAAGUUUCAGUGGUUUCUUUUGGAUCUGAAAAGUUUAGUAUAUACACACUUGCUGAUGCCAUGAACAAAAGAGGAUGGAAUCUGAAUUCUUUACAGUAUCCAGCUAGUGUCCACAUAGCAGUCACUGUUUUGCACACACAGCCUGGAAUUGCUGAUAAAUUCAUAAGUGACAUGAAGGAAAUUACACAGGAUUUGAUUGAGUCUCCACCAAAGGUGGAAGGUGAAAGUGCUGCUAUGUAUGGAAUGGCUGCUAGCAUCCCAGAUCGUUCAGUGAUAGGUGAAAUUGCAUGGGUCUACCUGGAUGCUGUCUACUCAACCAUAGGGGCCAAGAAACAGGAGCCUGUAGUGAGCAACGGUAUAAAGAAUCCUGAAGAAUAAAGAGAUUGUUAUUUCAUAUCUCUUAAAAUAAACCAUCUUUCUGUACAUUUGUGUUGUCCUUAUGUAUUAUAUAUAGUUAUGGCAGAAUGCUAUAUAAAAUUAUCAUGCAUGAAGCAGUUUUUUGGUAUGUAGUUUGCAGCUGUUAUGGGAACAUGUUCUAUAUGCUCCUUUUAAGGCUUCCUCUAAAUGAGAAUUUUUCUGGAUUAGCUGAUAGUGCAAAACAGUGAUAAAAUUUGUGAAUAAUUGUGGCUGUUGUUGUACAGUAAUAUGUUUGCACACAUACAUAUGCCGAGUGAAUUGCUGGCCAAAGAUAUAUUUUUGAGCAACAAAUAAAAUUUCUUGAAACAUGUUGCAUUAACCCAAGAAUUUGGUGUUUCUCAAGUAACAAUUCAGCUUCAAGUACUUACCACAUUUUUAAGAAAAAGUAAACUGUAGUUUUAAAAAAUGUUUACCACUAAUUAUGUUAUUAUCCUAAUUUUUUUUGCUUUUAAGUAACUCCUUAGUAUGGAAAAUAUUUUUCAUCUGUUUGACUACAAAGCUAUUGUCAUGAUGUAAAAUACUUGUAAAUCAAAGUACGUAUAGAACUUUUCUAGCAUAAUCCAAUUCUUGAUAUAAUUCAAGUAAACUAGAGGGCUUUUCAUUAAUGUGUAUGUAUAGUCUGUUUGCUUUAAAUGAAUUUAUACUUUGUAACCUUCUUUGAGAACAUUGAAUAUAGCAUAUUAUUAUGUGACCAGCCAAGUGAUUGUUGAUUAAACUUAUUUGAAAAUGAAGGUGCAGACACCACCCUACUUACAAACAUUUCACUUACAAACUUCAGAGAUACAAACAAACAGGAUCGCAAAUUAAAAUUGCGUUCAGAGCGCUCGCCUUUGCCACCUGUAAGUUCAAAAUUGGUUUUGUGUGCCUAUUCUGUACACAUUAAUGUAUGUACAGUGUAUUGUGUUUUAGGAUGAAAUAGCAUACAGUAGGUAUUGAUUUUAUAUCAUAAUGUACGUAAAUAGGCAUGAAGAGUAGUACAGUAACCAAAUUGUAAACAAUUCAACAUACAAACAGCCGUCCAGAACCUAACUCAUUUCUCAUUUGUAAGGGUAGUGUCUGUAUAUACUGUUUAUUUUGGUAUGCUAGACAUUCAGUAAAUGCAUAAAUAGAGAAAUAUUUCUUUUUUCAAUUAGUCUACAUGUCAGAGGACACAUUCUCAGAAGUAACAGAUGUGAAUAUAUCGUCACACUAAUUUUUUAUUUUAACUUCAGAGCAGUUUCCUGAGAGGUCACAUUACUUAAGUAAGUUUGCCCUGGAUUUAGCACAAAUGUAAUUUUAUCAUGAAUAACAAUCUUGCAAUUACAAUUUUUCUUUUAGCAUCCAGUAAUAAAGUCAAUUACCAUAAUUUGUUAGUUUCUUAUUGAAAAGAUGUCCGUCCAUUGUUGUAGAUUCUUUUCAACUGGACUAAAAUAGAAAAUUUGGUGUUUACCUAUAUAUAGGAAGUGCUGGACAUAAGAUAACUGUUAGAAAUUUGUUAUUGAUUGUUUACAAAAAAAGAAAGCACAAACUAGUUAAAAUACUUAGCUAAAAUUUAGGUUUUAUAUUUUCUCUGAAAUGUACUUUCUAGAGGUAUACAAACUAUUAGGAAUAUGCACAUAAGCUUAUGAUUUUGUUGCUUUUGUAAAAUAUGAGGAUAGUUUCUUUCAAAAAUUACACUUGAGAUAUGAUGAGCUGAUGUAAAGUUUAUAAAAACCAAAAGGAAAAGGACUUCAGAUAGAAACAUUCCUAAAUCAUUCAGGUGCUGAGGCAUUGACUGCAGAUGUUAUUACAUGGGUAUCAUUUCCUUGACUGUUUCAUGUCCAUUUUCAAAAAUGCUCAGAAUCUGCAUUGGAGCUUUUAAAUCUCUAAAUAUAUGUAUUGGUAAAAGAA